GGUCUUCCAUCUGCUGGUUCACUCCCAAGUGGCCGCAACAGUUGGAGCUGGGCCAAUCUGAAUCCAGGAGCCUAGUGAGCCACAGCGCAGGCCCAAAUAAAUACAUCUUAAAAACAAACCACGGGCCGGGCUCUAAUAGGCUAAUCCUCUGCCUGCGGCGCUGGCACACCAGGUUCUACACCCGGUCAGGGCACCGGAUUCUGUCCCGGUUCCUCCUCUUCCACUCCAGCUCUCUGCUGUGGCCCGGGAAGGCAGUGGAGGAUGGCCCAAGUGUUUGGGCCCUGCACCCACAAGGGAGACCAGGAGAAGCACCUGGCUCCUGCCUUCGGAUCAGCGCGGUGUGCUGGCCGCAGCAGCCACUUGGGGGGUGAACCAACGGAAAAAAGGAAGACCUUUCUCUCUGUCUCUCUCUUUCAUUGUCCACUCUGCCUGUCAAAAAAAAAAAAAAAAGAUGUAUUUAUUUGAAGGGCUGGGGGUUAAGCUGCUAUUUGUGAUGUCAGCAUCCUAUUUCAUAGUACAAGUUCAAAUCCUGGCUGCUCUGCUUCUAGUGCUGCUUCCCGCUAAUGCUCCUGGGAAGGUAGUAGACUCAAUCAGUGAGUGGAAGAUCUCUCAUAAUAUUUAUUUGAGAGGCAGACUGCCAGAGAGUAAGAAAGAGAGUGAGCGAGCACCUGUGUGAGAGAGGUGCAUUAGCAGGGGGCUGAAUCAGAAGUGCAGUAGCCAUGACUCCAAACAGCACUCAUGGGACACUGAGCAGUCAAUGCACAUGUUGGACAUAUUUCCAUCUUCCGGAAGCAGUGGAGUGAAUGAACCUUGUAGCUAUGGCCUGCCCAGCACUCAACACUUCACUCAGGGCACAGACAUGUUGGGGGCCCCCUUACUGCCUGCUGAGGCACCCAUGCUGGGUGAGGGAGGAGUGGGGUCGCAGUUUGGCAUGUCCCUGCAGGAGCAUGGCAUGAGCUACAGCUCCCAGGCCACUUUGCCUUCUCCACAGAUGAUUUACAACCAGGGGGUGCUCCCCCCUCAGCCAGGCAUGAUGAUGCCUCAGAUGAUGCCCUUAGAGCCCAGGAUUCCAGAGGUAAACAUGCCCUCCAGUGGGAGUCUAGGGCUGCCCCCUAGCGGACUGCCAGUGUCUGUGUCCAAAGGGAUCCCAGAGAUGUCCCACAACAGGGCCCCGAUGAUGCCUUCCUCUGACCCCCUAGAGGGACCUUCUAACUGCGCCUCUUUAGCACCUAAAAUGUUGCAGACCCCAACCAUACCUUCCACCGAGGCUCUGUCUGCGCUCCCCUCUCUGGCUCAAGUGUUGCCCCCCAGGGAGCCGCACAACCUCAGGAUACCCGCAGCUGGGUCCCCAUUAUGGCUGCCUUUAGAAUCUCAGGGAUCCUUUGUGAGCCAACCAGCCCCCCAGGAAGACUUCUUCCUACUUGAGCAGCCUACACCUGCAGCACAGGGAGUGGACAACUCCUGGGCCCAAGAAAGGGAGCCCAGCAGGAGGUCCCCGGUUUCAAGGCCUUACAUCUGCCAGUACGAGAACUGUGGAAAAGCUUACACCAAGCGGUCACACCUCGUGAGUCAUGAGCGCAAGCACACAGGUGACAGGCUCUAUAAAUGCCAGUGGGAAGGCUGUAACUGGUCUUUCUUCCGAUCUGACGAGCUCACACGACACUCACGGAUACACACCAGAUACCGACCACACAGAUGUGAGCAGUGCGGCCGACAGUUCAUGAGGUCUGACCAUCUCAGACAACACCAAAGGAUUCAUCAGCGGAUGCCAGGAUCUCCAGACCCGCAGGCUGAGGGCGAACAGAUGGAUGAUACUCUUCUUCCUGGUCUUUAGGUCAACGUCCUCUUCUGUACGCAAAUCCUGCCUACCCCUGCCCAGCUCAUGUCCUUGGUAGGUGUAGGCUUGGAUGAUGACAGAGAAGAUUAUAAGGCUAUUUUAAAGUCCAAAUGCAGCUCUGGACUCAGUCAGGGUCCCCUCAAAAACCUCCACAACGAUUUCGAUGCCCUCACCUCUUUGGAGCCACCUGCUUCUGCCAAUGUGAGCCAGAUGGAACGUGGAGCACAGCAGAGACUGGAGCUCAUUGAAAGGUUCAUCAUCUCAUGUCACUCCCCAGCUUGAAAGCCCUCAGCGACUGUUUCGCCUGCUGAACAAAACCUGACUUCUUUUUCCUGAUCGCUCAGUUUCCAGAGCCAGACCAUGUUGAAGCCCUGAGCGUAGCACUUCCUAGUCCUGUGCCUUUGGGAAAGAUCUUAGAUCACUAUGCUUUAUUUCCUGUUCUGGAAAAUGAGAAACCCAACAGUGGACUGUGUUGGACCUGUCAUAUGGACAGCGUCAGAUUCUCUCUGGCACUCACCUGCCACACGUCUAGAGUUUUUGUGUUGUCACCAUUUCAGACACGGAUGGCGUGCCCCACCGCAGGGCAUGGAAGCAGAGUCCACUGAGCAACUGCUAGCAACGUGGGACUGCAGGGACGUUAACAGCCAUGGGUGCAAUUUGACUAAAGGGAAUGGAAAGUAGCAGAGAGCCAGGCAGAUCAGUUCUGCCUUCUUCCUGUCUUUCCACGCAUUUCUGCAAGGCCUGGUAGCUCCAGAACAGUGCAGCCUCUGGGGAGACCUGAGGUAGCUGCUGGACAUACCUGCUGUGCCUCUCAAGGUUGCCGAGCUGGGCGAUGGAGCCCCUUGUGAUACCUCCCAUAUUCCACUUCUACUUUCCCACUUCUGAUGCACCUCCCAAAUAAAACAUAACUGAUUUAUCAUAA